AUGGGGUGCUUUUAUUUAGGGUGCUCAAAUAAGAUUGAUUGCUGAUGUACUUGUAGCUCAAAAGUUUUGCCUAUUUGCUUUAGUCAUUUAUUAUGCCACUUGAAUGAAACAUCUUCCAACCAUCACUUACUCAAGUAAACAAAAAUUCUUGAUUUAAAUUGAGUGAUAAUAAAUAUUUUAAAUAGGAUUGAAAUAUGAUUUUUAUAUUUAAUUUAAUUUAUACCUUGGGAAAUUGUAGUUUGAAAAAUUAUAAAUUAAGCUGAAAUUUUAUAAUUUAAAAGAAUUAGCAUAUUAUAAAGAAGAAAAUUUUAUGAAAACUCAACGCGAAAAUUUUGAAGAAAUAAAUUCCAAAAUUGAAUGAAUUUGCUCUCAAAAAUCAACACUUAUAAACAAAGCUAAGAGUGACAUUAUGCAAAUAGCAAAUACACUAAAUUAUAAUCUGUCACAUUUAGAUCAUCUAAAAUCGCAAUACUUACUCCCCCCUCCGUGAGUGAAUAAAAACCAUUAGAAAAUCCCUAAUUUUUUGCCCAAAAACCCACCCUCCGUGAGCGAACAAAAAUUAUUUUAAUAGAAAAUUUUUUAUGGAAAAAAUUUGAUGUAUAAGUGAUAAUUAGGAUAAUGAAAAUCUCGAGCUAAUCUAUUUAAUUUUAAACAAAAUUGCGUUUUAAAACAUAAAAUUUACAAAUUAAAUAAAUAUUUGCUUUUCAAUUUUUGCGAAUUAGGGUUUUUUUUAAAUUUCGAAAAAAACAAUUUUUUUAAAAAUAAAAUUAAACCCACUCUAUGAGCGAACAAGAUUUUUCUGUUCGCUCACGGAGAGGAGAGGAGUUAGAAUCUCUCAAUUUAUUGAAUUUAGAGAAAGAAUGUAUAAGUUUUGAAAACGAAAAAAACUAUAAUUUCAGCCCUUAUAACUUUCACCCAUUAUUAAAUUCAUCCAAAAAUGAUAAUAUUAUCCGUUGCACAUAUUUCUUAAUGUCCGAGACAUGUGGGAAAUUUCCUCACAUGUCAAAAAUUAUUCCGCAUGUGAAGCCUGCAUUUAUGUAAGACUUCACAUGUAAAAUUUUUUUUUUGAUAUGUCGUGAAAUUUCCCACAUGUUUUGCACAUUAAGAAGUAUGUGCAGCUGAUUAUAUAAAUUUACAAGAUUUAAAAAUUGACCAUCACCAAGCGAAAAAUAUACUUUUGAACUCAUACAAAUCUAUCACGAAAAUAAAAAACCGAAUGGGCAUACAAAAACACAUGGAAUUCAGCUUAUGCAUUCUUCCUAAUAAUGUUUUGUUUGCCUUUAGAAAUCAUAGCUACACGUUAUACCCAAAAAUAGCAUUUAUCAUGCAUAAUUCCAAAAAUAUUGAAAUUGUACGCAAAGGUAUGCAUUCCAAAGACUCUGGAAUUUCGUAUUUAGACGGUUGCAUCUAUUUAAUUGGAAGAGGACAUAGGGUGAAGAGCUACUGUGAAAAAUAUGAUUUGCAGACACAAAGAUGAAAAUUUUUAGCUCCAAAUAAGCUGCAAACUUCUGGUUGCUAUGAUUUAAAUUGCACAGUUUUCAGAAAUAAAAUUUUGUAUACAGGAUCAAUUGAACAGGCUUUUAUUUAUGAUCCUAUUUUAGAUAAUCACACAAAUAUUUUGAGAUUUAAGUACAAGUGGCAGAAUUACUUUAAUUCAAAAGUGAUUUUUACAAUAAUUGAUAGAGCUUAUAUUGCAAUUUCACAAGGAUGAGUUUUUGAGAGCAAUGUUGAAGACCCGUUCAACUGAUCGAUAUUUAUGAAAAAAUGCGAAUUACCAAAAAAUCAAACACCUGUUUUAGUCUUAAGCACUGGGGCACACUCAUCAAUGAUAUAUGAAGAUAGGUCUAUUUAUGAAUUUGACUUGAAUAGAAAAGCUAUCGAAAAGAUAAUUAUAUCCAAGAAAAUAGAUGCUUAA